AUGCGCGCUCGACGCCGCCUCGCGCUCCUUCCCCUCGUUCCCCGCCUCCUCAUCAUCUCGCUCCUCGUCUCGGCCUCCGCCACCGCCCGCACCACCUCGUUCGACGACUCGGAUGCUCUCCUGCACUACUCGCCGACGCCCGCGUGGACCGAGGUCAGCGCGCAGGGGUGGGCUGGUGGAGCUGCGCGCGAGACGAACUCGAGCGGGGCGUUCGUCGACUUUGCAUUUCUCGGCGAGCAGGUCUCGCUCUACGGCGCCGCGUCGGCCGCCUUCGUCGUCGAGCUGGACGGCAUCGUCGCGUCCGCCGCCGUGCACCGCCCAAGUACCCGCCUCGACACGCCGGUAAGGCUGUUCGUCGCGAGCAACCUCGAUCCGGCGACGGCGCACCGAGUCGUGCUCCAGGCGACGGGCGACGGCCUCGUCCGGCUGGACCGUGUGGCCAUCUCCUUCUCGGAAAGGACCGACCAGGUGCCGCAGCUCGUCGCGUCAAGCGCUGCAGCCUCGUCCUCGUCGACCGUGUCCAACUCGGCGCCGCCCUCGACCUCGUCCGCCCCCGCCGCACCGACGUCGACCAAGUCCAUGCUCGAGACGGCGAGCAGCAGUACGUCGCCAGGCGCGAUUGCCGGCGCGGUCAUCGGCACGAUCCUCGUCGUCACCGUCAUCGUCUUCCUAUUCGUCCUGUUCCUGCGUCGCCGUCGAGCCGCACAAGCCGCCGACGAGCACGAGCGCUCGUCCCGCCACGACUUCAACGCCGAGACGGGCCGACGGCAAUCGCGUGCGAGCUCGCUGUUCGCGGCUCUCGGCGGCGGCCGCAGCGGGCGGCCGCGCUCGUCGCCCAUACCGCUGUCGGCGCCAGGGCAGGCGGCGCCGUCGCGGGACGCCUCGGCGCCGCGUGUCGUAGGCGGCGGUGCCGAGUGCUCGCCGCAUCCGUACGGCUUCAACCGCCCUCCCUCGUCCACCGUCCUCGCCGACCCGACCCUUUCCCUCCCGACUCGCGCCCUCGGCGACCCGCCACACGCGCUCGCCUCGCGCACAUGGGCGCAGCGCCUGGCCCGCGCGUCGUCGUGGCGCCGCAAGGCGUCGCGCUUGCCCGAGACGCAGCGCUUCUACGGCGUGUCGCCCUCGGCCGCUCGGGUCGGCGGCGCCGGGCUCCCGCCGGGUCCUCCGCCGGCGAGGCCGCUGCCGAGCGUACCGCCGCGAGAGAUGAGAGAGCGGUGGAGGGAGGGCGAGCCGAGGCUUGUCCAGGGCAGCGGCAGGUGGGAGAGCCCGAGGGCGAGCGACGAGGUCGGGCACGGGCCGCCGCCUGCACCGGUUGUGCGGCAGGUGUUCGGCACCGCCGUCUGCGACGUCGAUGCGCCUGUCGUCGCGUCAUCGGCGACGCACCCGAUCGCGGCGGCGCACUUGCGCAAGCGCAGCGUGCCCCGAGCGUCGUCCUCGAGCGAGCUCCCUCGCCCACCUCACUUUUCCCGCUCUCCUCGUCACCCCGCCACCGCCGCGCCUCUUUCACCGACCUCGUUCCACAACCCGUUCGGCUCGACCUCGACCGCCGCCACCCUGAUGCACCCGUCGACCGUUCCUCCCCCUCACCUCCCGCACCGCCCGCACGCCUCGCUCGACUCGACCUCGGCCAACUCGGCGCACUGGACGUCGUCGAGCGCUCGUGCAUCGGUCGACAUCGCCGGCGCGCGCAUCGCGCACGCCCGCCCCGUCGUCGCCAUGCAGGAGCUACCUCGCGCACGAGCCGCCGACGGCGACCUCGUUGUCGACGAGGACAACGUGCCGCUGUACGACCCGUGCGGCGCCGUGCCGCUCCGCGUCGGGUCGCUGCGCGAGCUGCGCGAAACGAGUCGCGCCGACCCGCUCGGCACGUCGAGCUCGUCGGGCGCGAAAGGCGAGUCGCUCGCUCGGCGGCCCACCCUCACGCUGCGCGAGCGCGACGGCGACGGCGCGCCCGAGCAGGCCGCCGUGGCGGCCGGGUACGAGACGCAGCGUGCGGGACCGGAGCAUGAGCGGGCACGGCACCGGUCGGCGGCGGCGCUCGUCGAGGUCGUCGAGGAGCUGCAGCUCAAGGACGAGGACAGCCCGGCCUUCUUCUCGCGGCGCGAGCGGAUCCCGCGGUACAGCGUCGACCAGGGCGAUCCGCGAGCUGUCGGCAAGUGCUCGCGGUGA